GAGAGGAAUUGAUGAGACAACACAAAAAGAAACAAAUUCUAGAAAACUUACCUUGUUAAAAGUAUCAAGAAAAGGCAAAAAAAGAAGUGUGGAUCAUGUGGAAACUUAGGGCGUAAUAGUAGAAAAUGUCCUAUUCUUAUGGGAAGAAACCAAUCUGAAGCUUCACAUCAACAAAUACAUCAGCAAGUCAAAAAAGAAGGCCCUUCUACAACUAGUAAUGCAACAGAAAUUUCAAGCACUAUUAUUGAGAAUGUGGCAUCAAGGCAAUCCAGUUCCUCAUUUGUGACUAAACAAGCUGUCCAUCAACUUAAGCAGACAAGGUUACCUCAAGAACAAUUGAAGAGUUAUACAUUCAUUUUAGAAGAAUUUGGUGAGCAUUCCAGAGAAGGUACAAGAUCACUUAUCAUCCAGAAAAUGGAAAAACAGUAUGUCCUAUUGUCAAGAUUACAAGAAGCGCUUUCUCAAAACAGUAAGAGAGUAAGAAGUGACCCGCGAGCUCAGAAGAAAUUUGUCCCUUAAAUAGAAAAGUUAAAAGAAAGCCAAUUGUAUUACAGACAUGAGUUUAGACCUAGAUCUUUUUUAUGAAUUUAAAGUUGAUUAUCUUCUGGUGACAUGUAUAUGAUUGUGUUUUUCCUUUUAAAAAUUGAAUGCAACUUAA